AGAUAAUCAUUCUUUUGCCAUCUUUGACAUUUAAACUGUCAUCGUGUUUCUGGUUCUCCCGAUUGUUCACCAUAUCCAAAGUCUUAAAAUUAAAAAAUUAGUUUCCAACGUUAUUAACCGAAUAUUUAAAAAAAAAAAUUACUGCUCUAAUAUAUUAAGAAUGGUUAUCUUAAUGUGUUAACCAGUGAACGAAUAACCUCUAAGGACGAGGUUAUUAUUUGAUACAGUGAACAAUAUUUCGGUACUUUAAAUCUCGUUGAAUUAAAACAUAAGACAAUAUGGAUAUUGGAUUCUCAUCGUACCACAAUGGUGGUCCAGCAAGGGAGCAAGAUUUUGGUAGGCUGUCACAAACAAUUGGUACAUCGAUUCUGAAGAUAUCUCAGAAUGUAUCUUCUAUGCAAAAGAUGGUUAACCAAUUGGGCAGCUCUACUGACUCCCAAGAGCUUCGCAAUCAACUGCAUCAAAUCCAGCAUUACACACAGCAGCUGGCAAAGGAUACCAGUGUACAUCUUCGAGAUUUAGCUAUAUUAGCUAAUAAUUCGGGUUCAACUAGUCCUGGGGAACAGAGACAACGUAAAAUGCAGAGAGAACGUCUUCAAGAUGAAUUUACCAGCGCAUUAAAUUCUUUCCAAGCAGUACAAAGACUUGCGGCUUCUAAGGAAAAAGAAAUGGUUAGAAAAGCUAAAGCAAGUGCAGGUAUUGCUCCAUUUGGUGAAAAGAAACAAGAGACAUUGAUAGAAUUACAAGACAGCAGAACUCAAAAGCAAACACAGCAACAACAGUUAAAAGAGGAACAAAAUUUGCGAAUGUUAGAAGAACAGGAGGCAAGCAUAAGAGAGUUGGAGAGUAAUAUUAGCGAUAUUAAUCAGAUUUUCAAAGAUCUUGGUGCUUUAGUAUACGAUCAAGGAGAAGUGAUUGAUUCUAUAGAAGCUUCUGUAGAAAGAACAGAAGUAUCAGUCAAUGAAGCUACUUCCCAUGUAAGGCAAGCGAGUAUGUAUCAAAACAAAUUGCGCAAGAAAAAAUGUAUACUCGUAGUCAUUGGAGUUGUCGUGUUGUCCAUACUGAUUGGGAUCAUAGCUUGGCAGAGUUCAUAAAACAUUUAUUACAAAUGAUACUCCCGUACGAAUAACAAGAAGUAGCUACAUUCUAAUUGCAAUGUAUAAUACUUGGUUGGUAUUUUUUUUGAAGAAGCUCCUCAUACAAUUACGAUCGCUUUACGAGUACAUGGAAGGCAUAGUACUAUCAAGGGAAAUGAACAUAAAGAGAAAACUUGCAUCCUUGAUCGUUAUUAACAACGCUGUCGUUAUUGUGAUAAUAAAUGGUGCAAGAUCUAUUUUGCAAAUAAAAUGUGCAAUGGCAAGUCUAAAAUUGCCCAGUCCAUUUGUACGUUUCAUUACUCAUUGGAUAAUACUAAUGCAUUAAAUAUUCACAUAAAAAGAAAAGUAUAUAAAUAUAUAUGGCAACAUAGGUCUAUCGAUGGUAUAGUCGUAAUUAAUAUUCCAUAUAAUUUAAUCAAGUAUACUCAGAGAGUAUGGUGAUUCAGUUUUUUAAGCAACGCUAGUGUGCACUUUGAAAUUUGAAUCUUGUUUAAAUCGUAUGAAUCAACGUGGAAUGGAUGUGUCCGUAUAAUCAUUGUAAAAGUGUGCAAGCAUAUUUUGAACGUCCUAGAAAAAUGACUCUGUUCUAUAAAAUUGAGAUGAAUGAUUAUUAACAGGGAUACAUGGAACAACAGAGAAUAUGAUUAGAAAGUUGAUGUAAGUUAAUGUAUUAUAUUUAAGAAUGUUGAUUUAUUUUAACCAAAAUGUAAUAAAAUCAUGCGAAAGAAAUUACAUUAUAUCAGAUUUGAAUAAAAUGACUACUGCAUCUUUAACAUUCAG